UACCGCUAUGUCUGUCAGUCUGGCGCCGCGUUCGAAGCAAAAUACUCUGAAUGUGAUGUCAGUUUACCAGUCGGAUUUGUUAUGAGAUUUCUGUGUUGUGUUAUAUUUACAUGAAUUGUGACUAAAUAUUGUAUGAAAUAGUAUGUUUAGAAGCCGGUAAAGGCAGUGAAGUGUUUGUUUGUGAUUUUCAGUGACCGUUUCUGUGUUAAAUUGUGACUUCAAGCAAGAUCGUCGCGAUUAUUUCAAGUUCGCCGGCUUAUCAUGUUGUGGAAAUGCUGUUAACUCUUCCGAGAUGCCGACGUACGCUCAGCGGCGAGUUGAAAACAGUGAAACGCGGAAAUAAAUAAAAAAAUCCGUGAUCUGCGAGCAUCGCAAUUUACAUUCCCUAUUAUCGACUGACGGCGCGUGCGUGACGUUUUGUGCCAUUCGAAAUUUAAAUGCGCGGGUGUGAUUGGUCGGCGUGCCGCGCGUCGUGAUUAGUGAUGUGCUGUGUCGAUUGUUAUAGUGAUCGAUAGUCGUCGGAAUGGCGACAAUGGAUCUUACCAACGAGGUGGUCCGAUUGCGGGCCGAACUGGAGAAGGUGUCAGCGGAACGAGACAUGCUACUUUGUGAAGUGUCUAACUUGAGAAGAGAGUUAGAAUUGAGCGAGCUGAAGCACUUGCAGGAUGACAGCUUCUCCCAGAAAGUCGACGAGGAGGAGAGUGGAGGUGGCGGCGCUCUACAUCCACCAGACGGGUUCUACUCCCACAGCCACUCCAUCCACAGUGGCCACCAUGGUCACCACGCUGAACCCGACAGGGGUUACAUGGAAGGCAAUAGAUACGUCACCGCUGUCCAUCGACCGUUACCUGCACUAAACCACUCAAACUCAUCAUGUUCAUCAGCUUCGAACGCGUCUACGGGCGCGGGUCUGUGCCCAGGCGCAACAGAACCAGCGCCUCCGCUGUACAUCGCUGCGCCGCCCGAAGGGUUCGGGAUGGCUGUGCAUACAAACAGGCGUGGCACAGACGUGUCUAUCAUUGGAACAACAGGGAUUACACAAAAAGAUCCAAGUUUACCCCAAAAGAGGGGUAAAUUGAUGAGAGGUCGUUAUGAGAUGUCCCAGGAUCUGCUCGAUAAACAAGUGGAGAUAUUGGAGAGGAGGUACGGAGGCUUGAGAGCGAGGAGAGCAGCUGUGACGAUCCAGAGGGCGUUUAGAAGACGCCAAUUGUUAAAGAAAUUCAGCGCCAUUACGGCGAUGGCAAAAGCGGCAGACUCCAAUACCAGGAGGCUGCAAGACGGCCCUGAUCACGGCCAACUAGUCAACGGUACAGAUAUCUACGCAAACACAUUACUGCAGAAGAGUCCCGCUGGUCAGGAGAAGAUGCUAGCUAUGACAAGACCAAUGCGCUCCAUGUCACUGAGAGAGCGCCAUGAUAUCGACCUUAGUAACCAUUUACAAUGCGAGGCCCAAAACGAAGUGGAAGCAAUGGUCGCGAGGGUGCAGCACUCUGCUCAUCAAAUCCACAUGAUCGCUGCCGACAUGCCGCAUCAUCACCGCAGUGACACCGACAGUGGGAUGUGCAGUUGUUCCGUAAGCGGAUCAGUGACUAACAUAUCGACAUCUUCGUCCCACAAUGAUUCACUUCAUAACCAUCAGCUGAUGAAUAAUUCAGGUCCCAUAUAUGGAAAUCUGCUAUCAUCAGGUGGUAAGCCGCUAUCUUCACCGACAGCGCGGCAACAACAGCAACUAGCCGCAAUACAAGCUGCUAACGCACGGCGAUUGCCCCCUGAAGUACCGAAGCGAACUAGCAGCAUUACUCUCAAUGCUGAAAGUCCAGUGUCGCUUCGUCGAGCGGAGUGCGGUGGCGCGGUCGUCCGGGGCGGCUCCAUGUCCUCGGUGCAGUCGAGUUCCUCGUCAUCCUCACAGGAGCACCGUCACCACUACCACCAGCCGUACCAGCCCAGGGCACCGGAGCCGCACGUUCACAUCCAAGAGCAGCACUUCCAGCACCAGCGCACUGCGUCAGGGACCGUGUAUGAAGGCCCCGAACGGUAUGCGGUGUGGAAACGGCAGGAGGCACCCCCCUACUACGAGGCGCCCCCUCCGCCAGCGGCGUGCUGUAGACCCCAGCAUGAACACCACCAGAUACAGCAUCAGCCGCUAAAGGUGUCGGAAACUGUCCGUAAACGACAGUAUCGCGUCGGGCUGAAUCUCUUCAACAAGAAACCAGAACGAGGCAUCGCGUACCUGAUCUCCAGGGGCUUCUUGGAGAAUUCUCCCCGCGGUGUAGCGCGGUUCCUCAUCACCAGGAAGGGGCUGAGCAAACAGAUGAUCGGCGAAUAUCUGGGGAAUCUGCAGAGUCAGUUCAACAUGGCCGUUUUGGAAUGUUUUGUAAACGAAUUGGACCUAUCAGGGAUGGCUGUGGAUGUGGCUUUGCGACGGUACCAGGCCCACUUCAGACUGCCUGGUGAGGCGCAGAAGAUCGAGCGUCUGGUGGAAGCGUUCGCGCGUAGAUACUGCGUUUGCAAUCCUGACUUCGUACAGCGUCUGCGUACUCAGGACACGAUUUUCGUGUUAGCGUUCGCCAUAAUAAUGCUGAACACGGAUUUACACACGCCGAACUUGAAACCUGAAGCGCGUAUGUCGCUAGACGACUUCGUGCGGAACCUCCGCGGCAUCGACGACUGCGGUGAUAUCGACAGAGACAUGCUCUCCGGGAUAUAUGACAGAGUGAAGUCUAGUGAAUUCAGACCCGGUAGCGACCAUGUUACCCAGGUGAUGAAGGUGCAAGCGACCAUAGUGGGUAAGAAGCCGCAUUUGGCGCUCCCGCACCGGCGGCUCGUGUGCUACUGCCGGCUCUACGAGAUACCAGACAUACACAAGAAGGAACGCCCCGGGGUACACCAGCGGGAGGUGUUCUUGUUCAAUGAUCUGCUGGUAAUCACGAAGAUUUUCAGCAAGAAGAAGUCAUCUGUAACGUACACCUUCCGGCAGUCGUUCCCUCUGUGUGGAAUGUCUGUCAACCUGUUCGCUGUGCCACAUUACCCAUUCGGUAUUCGAUUGUCACGACGCGUCGACGGCCGACGGCUGGCGACGUUCAACGCCCGCAACGAGCACGACCGUUGCAAGUUCGCAGAGGACCUACGCGAGAGCAUCGCCGAGAUGGAUGAGAUGGAGGCGAUGAGGAUCGAGGGCGAGCUGAACAGGGGCAAGGGCCGAACCGGAGGGAACAACAGGCAAGUGAUGGAGAACCGAGACAGUGGUGUAGCGGACGUUGAAAUUGACCACCAGCAGUGCAUGGAUCAUGUGCAUAUGCACGGUGUGGUAGUGCCACCGCCGCCGUCUUGCCCCGCGCCGGCAGCGCCCUCUCGCAUGUCGAACCCGCCGCCGACGACUAUCAUCAAGCGGAACGUGCUCUCCAACUCGCUCGUCGAUAUCAACGACCCAGUGGCGCUAGCAGCGGAACGCUUGCAGCGACGCGGGUCAGUCGGCUCCCUGGACAGCGGAAUGUCCGUGUCGUUCCAGCAAGGAAGCCGCAAUGCCCUUCAUGCCACCUCACCGCGCCACCCUACCGAUCAGCGAUCACCAGGCCGCCUUUUCAGCGGAAUGUUUCCUGGCAGACAACGCAAGCUUAGCGCGUCCGGUGUGCCAGACACAAAACACGCCCAGGUGGGAAAGAGUACUGAGGUUUAAAAGCACAAGUGGAAUGCUACAGAACGUGUAAGCACGUCUCCUCGACUGAUGACGACUAAAUUGAUGUUUGUAUACGAAGUUUUCUCUUGUCUAUACUCCUCAAUGUAUGUUAUCGAGUCAUAGACUAAAAUGCGUUCAGUUCAUUUGUUCUAAGGACAGAUUCCUGAAAGAACAUAUUUGUACAACAAAAUUUCACUGAAAAUUAAAAUAUUUAAAUAUUACUAAAUUUAUUGAUCAACCAAUCAAUCAUAGGCCAUGGUGUCCCACUGCUGGGCAAAGGCCUUCCUCAACAGCUUUCAUCUUGCACAUUAGCUGGCCAAGCGGUACUAAUCUUUAUGGAAUCCUUCGGCAUCGUUCCUGUUUUUUUUUUAAUAGAGACUUAAUACUUAUCUACCCGUAUGAAGCCAGGACAAAUUGCUAGUAUUACUAGCAAUUCGUAUAAAUGGGACAAUGUGAAAGCCCUAAUUUUAUACUUGUUCAUACCAGAUUUGCAUUAAAGAUGUAUAAUAUUACAUGCAUUUGAUUGUAUGUAUAAUGUAUGGAAAUGACAAUUGGUACUUUUAUAGUUCCCAUAACAAUAAAUAAAUAUAUAAGCAAAGGUACAACUAAAUAAAAAAAAAUUGGUACCUAAUAUAAAAUGUUGUGUCAGGAAUCUGGUCUUACCUAAUAACGACUCGCUCAUAGCCGCAUUCGAUAGUUCAGACUUUUUAGAAGUUGAUCUGAUUUAUAAUCUCUUAUAUAUAUAUUAUAAAAAAAAGUAUGCGAUUCUGUGACAUUUUUGUGACACUUUUAAGUCACAUUCUUAAUACAGUAAGGACUUAAAAUUGCCAGAAUGUAUUUUCUUAAAUACUAACCCAAAAAGAGCAGGUUCGAUAACUAGAUAAGAAAUACACCUCAUUUUCUUACAUUUAUUAUAUUGCCUGAGGAAAAAAGUAUGAUUGUUCUUAACUGAGUUGUAAAAUCUGCUUUCCGUCGUCUUUAGAAAUCUCGUAUUUCUAUUAUUAACGAAAAAUCAUUUUUUUGUCUUAUUGGUAUAAACCACAAAGUCGGUUUUCAUUUAAAAUUGAAUUAAAGUGGUUUACAAAUUUAGUCUACUUUUCUUUAAUUCGUGUUUCCAAUAAAAUUAAUUUCGCUAAUUCUGAGUUACGUCCAUAUUCUGUUAUAUUUUUUAAAACUAAUAAUGUAUUGUGUUUUGAUUUAUAUAAUUGACAAUCUGGCAUAGUUUAGUCAACUUCAAAGUCUGAAAUGUCAAUAUUCAAUUCUAAUGUGUAUUAUGUAAAAUUGGUUUUUGUUUAAGUGCCAUCCUUCUUAUGUCAUUUAUUAUAUACGAAUAGGAAAUUGUGUAUAUGGUUUUGUUUUUAUUUAUAAUAAAUUACAAUUAAGUAUUGAAAUUUUAAUAAGAAUUUUGAUAGGACUUGACUCGCAAGCAAUAAUUGGGACUAAUUUACGCCGUUACGUUUUGGAUAGGUACGACGGAAAAUUCCUCGUGACCUUAAGCGUUAUUCACACGAGUCUGGCUCUGAGUUUUAUUAAGAAACAUACUUACUGUUAAUCAGCGAUCAUAAAAAAUGUUUGCAUACGUUUUUGUCCUGAAUAUGAGCUAGAGUUGUGGGAAUAAGGCUUUAGUGUGAAAGACAAUUUACGUUUGUCAUGAUUCCAUCUGUGCUGCAUUAAACAAAGUAAAAAUGAAAUCGUUACCAUCUUUUGAAGGGAGUGUUGUACCAGUAAAACUGAAUAUUUUCCCCAAAAAAAUAUGCCUCGAAAAACAACAAAGAAACUGAACUUCCCAUACUAAGAUCUCACGUUCAAAGGGCCAUGAAAAUUUUUCCGGAAUUUUGGGGCUGAACCAAACAUGAGUUCGAUCUUAAAUUCAAUAUACUAUUUGAAAAUGUUAAAAUAUGUCCUUUUGUACUUUUACGUUAGGAUUUAUGACGAUCCAAACAUUGUGCUAGAUUUAAGGGGCCGAUUUCGCUGUAACCGAAAACGCGAAAUUGGAGUCGAAAUUUCUUUUUAUGGUAAACAAUCUGGUGUUUAAUAAGUAUUGGAGGUUCAAAACUGUAUUUCGAUCUGUCUGUUUUUGAAAAUGUCCAUUUUUACCAGUAGUAUACUCUCUUAAAAGGAUGUUAACUAUUUCGGCUUCACUUUGUAUAAUUUUUAACCGACUUCAUUAAGAAGGAGGUUCUUAGUUCGAUUGUAUUUUUUGUUACCUCACAACUCCGUCAGUUGUAAACCAAUUUGAAUAAAAAAUUUUCAUAUAAAAGAAUAUACUUACAGAUUUUUAUCAAAAUCGAUCAGUUUGUUUAGACGUUAGUAAUAUCAAAAUUUAUAUAGUAAUAGAUUUUGGCGCAACUGAAGUCGGUUUUUUGGUGGAACACAACCUUUUUUAUUUUUUGUACUUCUUAUUUUUUUUUUGUUCUUCUGAUAAGAGACAAGAUAUUACAAAUAAAAGAGACGACACAUUGUGUCAAGAGUAAAAAAAUAUAUAUAUGCGAACGUAGUACUAAAGAUUUCCAAUACAAAACAUUACAUACAUUGUAUUUAUUGGAACGUAUUGAAAUUCGACUGUACGUUUGAGAUAUCAUUAAAAACAAUACUUUUAUUAUUAUAAUUGUUGUUGUACUAGUGUAUUCAUGCCUAAAUUAAAUAAAAUAAAAAAAAAAUAGGCAAAAUGGACAAAAUGCUGGUGAAAGAAGCUCUAACAUUCAGGGUAAAGGUUUUAUAACGGUGUACUGGUUUUGUAACGAUGGUAGGGAAUCCAAAUAUUAUGCUAUACUUAGGGAUAGUGACUUCCUAAAAUAAGUGCCAAUAUGGUGUCUCGGUCUUUCCAAAUUUUUGGUACACUUUAUAACUUCAUUUAUGACAAUAUAAUUGCGUUUUAUAUAGGGAUAUCUUAAAAUUAAAUAUGCAUUUUUGCAUUCUAAAAUACAUAUACUCGUAUAUAAAUAUAAUUGAGUUACUCGAUUCUGAUGGAGAUUUGUAUUAGAUUUUUUAUUUUAAACAAACGUAUAAUUCAAACAAAUAUCAACACUGUUACAUUGUAGAAUAAAAUAUUAUUUUCCGUGAAAUAAAAUAACAUUAGAAAGUAUUUUGCUAUUACGAUAUCUAAAUUUUAGUUACCUUUAUUAACUUUUGGAUAAAAAAGCUUAAAAUAACGGUUACGCUAAAAGAGUAUUGUGUAUUCAAAAAUAUUAUAAUCUAUCAGUUAUAAUAAAAAAGUUAUAUAAAUAAAUUUUGACGAAAUAUAAUAAAAUGGGAUAACUAUAACAAACAUGGGAUAUAAGAAUAUAAUUAUAACAAAACGGGACUGGCCAGUCCUAUUUAUUAAUUCGUAUAAAUUUUGGGUCCAUUUUUUGGAAGUAGAAGUUGUAAGGUAGCAGAUACGAUUAAUGGUAUUCGUUCGGUUUCAAGAAAUUUUAUAUUAUUUAAAUAGUUUUUAUUUCAUUUUGUGUAAUGCAAAUGUAAAAGAAUAUUUUCAUUAAAUAUUUAUUUCAUUUCAAUACAAUUCAAAUGUUAAAAUUCAUCACUUUAUUAAUAGACAAAAGAGACGAGAGAGGGCGCAACUGUGACGUGUAAUAAUAAUUAAAUAAAAAGCAUUUAUCAUAACUUUCGGUUACAUGUUACCAGAGACAAAGUAUUACAUAUUUCUUUAUUAAAAAAAAAAUAAUAGAUUUUAUCUUAGCAUUCGCGAAUUCAUGGUAUUUCUUAAGAAUAAUUGUAUAUACGUUCGGAAUAGUGGGUACAAUAAUAAAGUGUAGGGUCACACUAAUUAUUUUUUUCAGCACACAACAGUAUAAUCUUGAUACUUUAUUCACAGUAAAUUAAAAUAGUAAUUAUUAUUAUAUAAAAAAACGAAUUUAUUCAAUAUUGUUGAUGAAUUUUAUUAGCUUAUUAUAUAGGGCAUUUGAAAAUUCGAAUAGGCUAAUAACUUUCUAUAACCUUAUACGUGAUUUCGAGGUUUUGUAUCUCGUCACGGGUUUACUUCUAUCGAAUGUCCAUUCUCAAAAUUUACUGACUAAAUAUAUGACUAUCUUCCAGAGACUUCCUAUUUGCUAGACUGUACAAGUAUAUAGUCUAAUCAUAGCGUUUGGGAUAUCUAAAACGCAUGAGUUAACGUUACCGUUUUCCCUGAAAACUUACCAUAAAUAUACUUAAAUAGUGAUAUAAGUAAUAAUUAUGACUCGUGGCCGGUCGGCAAACAAGUCGUGAAUAUAAAAGAAAAUAUAUUUGAACAAUAGAAGGAAAAGUUAUUAGGAAAUUAUGAAAAAAGUCUUCUACCUGAGUCUACAUAGAUAAAGAAAAAAAUAUUCACGAUUUCAUUAAAAAAUAUCCAAUAUCUAUUAGACCGGCCAAUAAAUAAAAAAAAAAAUGUUGAUUAAUAUAAAGUAGCUACUGUUGACUUUAUACCGAUUAUAGGCUUGUUGUUUCUACUGUUUGAUACAUGGGUAGAUAGAAAAUAAUCAACUUGUUGAAAAAAAAAUACCUAUUUUCCGUACUCUGACGAUGUCUUUCUCAUCUUUCAAUUAUACUUCAAUUAAUUGAAUUAAUGAUAAUAUAUGUAUUUAUAUUAAUUCUUUCUGAAUUUUUGAAUAAUAAAUUCCAUUAUUUUUAUAAGUAUUUGGUUGUAAACAAUACCUUACUAAAAAAAAACAGUCUGUACUAAAGUACUUCAUACUAAAAAGAAGUAUAUAUUUAAGUAAUCUGGAAAUUCUGUUCUUACAUGUUAACUGAUUGAUUUAAAUGUAUUUUUUGUUAUGUAAUUUUUUUUUUUAAUAUUUUCGCUUCUAAAAUGACCCAAUAAGACCAUUUUAGGCAGUAUCAUGUCCAUGUUCUAUCUUGUCCCCUCCUCGAGUAUAAAUAUCUAGUUUAAUCUGUCCAGUUUGAAUUACAAUGAAUCUCCUAAUGUACUGCGUAUAUUCUAAGUGUACCUUUGAUUUUUGUACUUUAAGAUUUACAGUCAGCCGCACUUGUACAUUAAUUGUUAAUUUUCAGUUUUGUUAUUUUUUUUUUAUAUUCUGAUAAUGUCCAUUGAUAAAAAGAAAUUAUAUUGUUUUGUUUUUGUUAGUUAUGUAUCUGUGAGGCCGACUGUACAUAAUUUACAUCUGUAUUAGUACUAAAAAUAAUGUAAUGCAUGACAAAAGGAAAGGAAUUGAUUAAAUGUUUCUUGGUUGAAUUUUAACCCUUAUAUAAUUAUAUUGUAAUAUAAUCCAAUUGUAAUCCUAUUACGGGCUGGUACUUUAAAUACGAAAAAUUAUAGUUUUUUUUUUCUUUAUUAAUAUAAAAAAAGUUAUAUUUUUUUUUAAUGAGAUGUGAUUAUUGACACUUGGGUAUUGUACUUUCACAAACUGGUGCAUUUACCUUAAUUAUUAAACGUAUUGAUAAAUAAAAUCCAUUAAAUAAAGUAUCAGCCCUAAUUUUUGCGAUGAAACGCAAGUAGUUCUGACGUUAUUUCAAGCGAAAAACGUCACUCGUUUAGAGAUAUGAUUUGUGAUAAAUUAUAGUGCGUUGCGAUUGACGAAUAAAAUUGUGGUAAAUACAUUCUUUGGUCAAAUGUAACCUUGCAAUACAGCAUAUUGUAAAUUUCUGCGUAUAUCGGAACGCACCAUAAUAAUUUUGUGUGAAAUUUCGAAUUGCUUUUGUAAAUUUCGCUUGAAACCAAAGAUGUAUUAAUUUUUUGUGUUCACUUAAAAACUUUGAAUUGAAAAAUUCCUUUUAAAUAAAAAAAAAAAAAAAUAUUACUCAAUUAAUGCAUGCUCUUUUCGAAUAUCUGUAAACAUGUGAUACCAGUAAGCGUGUCAUAACUUUGCUGGCGUAUUUUUUUUAAUUCGAAAGUCAAAUUCGUGCCUCCAUUUUGUCGUUAUAUGUACCAAUUCUUCGGCGAGGUACACUCGUGUAUGUUUUAGUUUAUAAUUCUAAUACAAUGUUUAGUUUUCUGUAACAUACUAACUUAUCCUUUAACAUAUAUGUAUAUUAAAGAGUACAUUCUAAUAUAUAUCCCUUAGUUAUAUAAUUGUUAUAUAAAUUAGACUAAGCAAUAAACGCUGAUGCGUCAACUUAUAUGUUGUAUGAUAAUAUUGUUGAGAGAUGCUACCGCUAAGUCACUUACAAUAGUUUUAUUUAAAAAAAAAUACAAAAUGAUAAUGUAUUUAUUUAUUAAAUAUGAAUUAACAUUCAUGAGGAA